GUCUUGGCAUGGCUGACCUGGAUAUCUUCGGCGGAGGCAGAACCUGAGUUGCGAUGGCUUUGGGGCACGCAGGUCUUGGCGAAAGAGGUUCCAGAGGCGGCCGAGUUGAAUCAACAGAUCAGUGCUUACUUGCUGAACUUGUCGCUGCACGAACCUCCAGAGAUCCGCUCCAAUCGCAAUGGAGCCUGGCAGUCCAGGAAUAAGAAGUUUCUGGAUUUCAAGGCUCACCCGAAGAGCUCCGGUAUUCGAAAGCAGGUGAAACGCUUACGCGAAGCCGUGGAUUCAGCGUUGAAGGAAUACCUUGGAGCGGAAUCUGAGGCGCAUGCCGUGCAGAUUGAAGCGUCCUGGGCCAAUGUGAACCCGGCCUGCGGCUUGAAUGGACCUCACGUGCAUCCCUUUGCGGCCCUGUCGGGAGCGUACUAUGUGAAUUGUGGAAACAACGCCACAUCACGGCUGCCGUGUGCCAUCAAUCUCAUGGAUCCCAGGCCUUCGGCUCCCAUGGCAGCACUACCAGCAGAGGUGCGAGAUGCUUUGGACUUCGGCAUUGACUGGACGCUUUCACUGUGGCCAGGGACUGUGUUGAUCUUCCCCUCCUGGCUCAGCCAUUGGGUGCCACCCAACUCCGCCCCACGGCAGCGGAUGACCAUCAGCUUCAAUGCAGGCUUGGCUUUGUGUGAGACGUCGUUGCUGGGCUGUUGGCAUGAAGGCCCAAAGUGA